AAAAAAAGAAAUGGGAAAGCUUAGUCGAAAAAAAUUAGUUGUAGUAGGUGAUGGCUUUUGUGGAAAAACUAGUUUAUUACAUGUUUUUCAACAUAAUGAAUUUCCAAAGGAUUAUGUUCCUACAGUUUUCGAGAAUUAUAUUGCUAUAAUUCACCAUGAAUCAGGUAAAUCAAUUGAAUUAUCCUUAUGGGAUACAGCAGGCCAAGAAGAGUAUGAUAGACUUCGACCUCUUUGUUAUCCCGAGACAGAUGUUAUUCUAGCCUGUUUUGCUAUUGAUCAAGUACAAUCAUUUGAGAAUGUGAAGGAUAGGUGGAUUCCUGAAAUGGAUCAUUUCUUAUUCAACACUCCACGUUUAUUAGUUGGCACAAAAGGCGAUUUAAGAGCAAAUGGAAAGCGUAUUGCUGAGUUACAGACAAAUGGCCAGCAACUGAUGUCUGUUGAACAGGCUGUGUCAUUAGCAAAAAAAUUGAACACUCAAUAUAUUGAAUGCAGUGCAAAAACAAACACAAACAUUACUGAGGUUAUACAUGCUGCUGCUGGUCUUGUCAUUCAUAACCAUAAAAGUGGAUUAAAGAGGAAAAUAUGCAAUUUACUUUAACAAAAAAAAAAAAAAA